AAUUGGACAACGAUACUUUAGCAUAGAGAAUUGAAUUUUCAAAGUUUCGAGUCCCUCGCGAGCCUCGGCAGCUGUAUUCGGUGAUGUCCUUUUGUUUAUUUGUGUUAGUUCUCUGGGAGCUUAGGGAAGUGAAAAAAUGCAUGCGCUGUGCUAAAAUCGCGAAUUCCGUUAAUUAGGGACGAUUUCGAUCGGCCAUGUGCGACUUAAGAGUGCCUGACGAGUUGCACGUUUUGCGAUCGCCAAAUCUCCUAUCUUGAGAUUAUCAACAUUCCAGAGUGUUGACACCUCUGUCAGUGCGCUCUGUCUUAUUCCUUGUCAGUGGGCGCGUUCUGCACGAGUACCUAUUCAUUUAAUCUCGUCCGAUUUUACUUCCUCUCCUAAAAUCGUUCCUUUUUCGAUAAUUUUCGAAUUUUCUCAAUUGCCACGUCGCAAUUUUCGUGAUGCUGUGCUUUUUUCCCGGAUUCUGCAGCUGCUGCAGUUGCCUCUCGAUUCGUCACUUCCAUUUCAUUCGUCUCAGAAUGGAGUUCACUCCAAGAUCAGACAAAAAUCAUUUAAUUAAAUGAAUGAAUAACGACAUGAGUUCACUUCAACAAACGAGCCGGUUUCUCCCGUUCUCUAACAGUAAUAUACAACGAAAGCAGAUAUCAGCUCAAGGUGGCUUACCUCAAAGCUUGAGCGGUAGCGACACCGAUGUUUCAACAUCGAACGAGAAUUUGAGUAACGAAGAGCGAUAUGUGAUAAGACAUACAGCUCGUCAGGAACCACAAGGCCAAGAGAAUCAGCAACAAAGCCCCUCGAGAUCAUCCAGCCACAAGGAGAACAUACCAAAUAUCCAAGGGAAUCUGUUAAACAGAAAUAGUCUAAAGGACAGUUUAUCCGGAUCGAAUCGAAAUAGUCUGAAGGAGAGUCUAAAUGGCUCCAAUCGCAAUAGUCUUAAGGACAGUAUCAACGGAUCCAACAGAAAUAGUCUAAAAGAGAGCUUAAGUAAUCGCACGAGCGUUGGGUCGAAUAGAAGUAGUCUAGAUGUUUCUACAAGCUCGUACAAUACUCUCAUCAUACACAACGCAAAUGAGGAAUCGUCUUGGACGCCCUCAGGAAGGCUAUCGGGUCUCGUAAGGGACCAUGGCGACAUGGGGUAUUUAUAUUGCGAGGGUGGAGGCAAGGGGCACUCUAACAGCCCUACGAUGCAAUCGCUAUCGAGUUUGCCACAUGACGAUCAUCUUUACGAACAACCGGGAAGUGGAGGCUGUCAGGAAAUCACCGAUAUACCUGACGAUUACCUGAGUCAGUCGCAGGUCCUGAAACAUCUUGCGAAAGAAGUUAAGGUUCCUUCCUACAGUAAACUUACCGGCAAUGACAGUAGUAUAGAUGUGCGAAUGCGAGAUAAUGAUCGAGGAAAACAAACUGAUUAUGAAGACAGACCUCCUCCGUCGUAUACGACGACCUUACUGCCCCUGAAAAGUAAACACCGAUUACUUGGGCCCACGGAAAAGCUCACUCUCUCUCGUUCACAACCCGAUUUAUCAAGAAUCGGUAAAGUGGAGAUGGAGAACUACGAUCCCCGAACUACUUCUCCCAGGCCUCAAACUAAAGGCAGAGAAGAUAUCGAGACCUCUGCUGGUGAAAUCUGGCCGCCAUCCGCGAUGGUUCAGAUUGUCAUUCAGGAGAAUAGUGCCUUAAAACUCGAACUGGAACGCUGCUACAAUAAAGUAGCAAAAUCUCAGAAGCUCGAACAGGAAAUAGCGAAGGUACACCGUGCGCACGAGGAACUAGCCGCAUCCUGUGAGCGGAGAGAGAAGCUCGAGAGAGCUGCGAGACUAAGACUUCAGAGUGAUUGCAGAAGGCUGACAGAAUUGAAUCGCGCUUUGAGGGACCAAAUCGAUUUGUUAUCAUCGAGGACGGACACUCCGCCGAUUGUCGAAUCGAUGCGGAAAGAAUUAACGCAACGAGAAUUACUCAUUGGGCAGCUUAUCACGCAGAAUAAGGAACUUGCGGCGGCGAAGGAGAGACAGGAGAUCGAACUUGCCGCGCAAAGAGCAACUUUGCAGGAGCAACGCACACAUAUCGAUAUUUUGGACACGGCGCUUACUAAUGCACAAGGAAAUGUUGUGCGCCUCGAAGAAGAGUGCCGCAAAAAGCAAGUUUAUGUGGAGCGAGUGGGUCAAUUGCAACGAGCACUCUCUUCUCUUCAAGCUUCAAGCGACAGACGCGAAGAGACGGAAAGGCAGUUGAGAGGUCAGCUGGAGAGGGAAUUAAGAGAAGGUGGGGGCGGAGGGGGUGCUCAUGGAAACGAGAAUUCCGUGAAUGGCGAGACGAUCGCCGAUUUGAAAAGAAGACUGAGAGAACGAGAUGAGAAAAUCAUGUCGCUUGAGGGAGACGUUGCCAAAUGGGAGCAACGCUACUUGGAGGAAAGCGCUUUGCGACAAGCCGCCAUAGACGCUGCCAGUCUUCCUAAAGAUGCGAAGAUUGCUGCGUUGGAAAAAACGAGUCAAGAUGCAGAAAAAAUGAUUGCAGAAGCGCGCUCGGAAAAGAUGCGUCAUAUGGACGAAGUUCAUGCCGCACAAAAGAAACUCGCCGAUUUAGAAUCUAGAAUGAAAGAUUUAGAGUCGAAACUGGCAGAGAGGGACGCAAUGAUACGCGUUCUUCAAAAGCAUACCUACGACAAAGACAGUAGUUGUAGCAGUGGUGUUGGUAGUUAUCCCGCUGCGCACUCGUCUCAUUCCAGUACCUCGGCAGAUCACCACACAGUACUGACGAGCACUCCAGAACUUGUGAGUAGUGUGUUGGGAGGUGGGAGUGGGUACGGGAGCACAGGAUCUUAUGGAGUGACCGACAGCUAUAAAUAUCGGAAGCAAGGAAGCUUUGAGCAAACGAACAAGAGCCUUGACGAUCAACUGAAGGAGCUAGAUUCUCAACUCCUCAGCAAGCGGGCACUUUGCUGUUUUCCAGGAUUCUCUAAUCCAGGCACUGCGUCGCGAAAAGGAAAAAUACCCAAGCCAUUACUGGCGGGUGUAAAUAGCGCAGGUAGCUCGAGCACGGCUUCCAGUAAGAGUCGUCUGCUGGACGAUUCGGGAGGCGAGGCGUCGGGCAGCCUAAUGGAGUUUGCAGCUUCCACUGCGAGAUUCAAAGGUACAGUAUCCAGGUUGUCUGUCGAGAAGCCGGAGGAGAUGAUCCUCCUGGAAAAGCAAGGCAGGAGUUCCCAGAGGCAGAGGAUGCAGGAAGGUGAACCUCGCAGGGCCGGAAGUCUUCCACCAAGUUCCUUACCUCGUCCUCCAAGGUCCCUCAAGUCCACCAAUUCCCGUUACUGUCGUCUCAGUGACUCCGAGGCCCGAAAGAAAUCGGAUCCUGGGCCCGUCAUCGACACCGGGAUGAAGAUCGAGACCGGGAUGAAGAUCCGCGACUCUGGAAAUUGUACUCUAGAGUAUGACACGAGGGCUCUCCGCCGGAAGAAGUCUUCCGGAUCAGAGACCUUCAGUCAGAGCACUUCUUUGAAGAAGGGCUCGUCUCCUGGUUGUUACGAGCGACUUGGAGAGGCAGAGAGAAAGAAGCAGAUGUUGGAGGUGAAGCAUAGAGAAACUCAGGGCCGAUCGCUGAUUCCUCCACCCUCUCGACGAAUCGGAGAGUAUGGACGACUCAGCGAUGGAGAUGGAAAAGGGACGCUGAGGAAGCAGGGUUUCACUAGGGGUCAGAGUACUGGAAGCACCGUCAGCAGCAAAAGUGGACGAGAUUCCGGAGGCACUGCGAGCAGCGAAGCCUCCACGUCUUCCCUUCCACCGACUAGAGCCAGGUCAAUACCUCGCCCUAAUUAUCGCAUUCAGUUCUAAUCCCACCAAUUCCCGUUAUUGUCGUUACACUGUCGCCGAGGCCCGAAAAAAAGUCGGAUCCUAGACCCGUCAUCGAUACCGGAUUGAAGAUUAACAGCGGGAUAAUCAGAGACCUUCAGUCAGAGCUUUUCCUUGAAGAAUGUCUCGACUUCUGGUUGUUACGAGCAACUUAGGCAGGUAAGGAAGAAGCAGAUAUUGGAGGUGAAGGAUAGAGAGAAUCAGGGUCGAUCGCUGGAUUCCUCCACUCUCUCGACGAAUCGGAGAGUAUGGAAGAUUCAGUGACGGAGUUGAAAAAGGGAUUCUAUGAAUCAGGGUUUUACAAGGGAUCAAUGUACUAAAAAGAGUGCUCGCUCAGUGACCCGAACUUUGGCAUGUAG